AUAUCAUAUUGUUUCCAAGCGUUGCUCGGUUGACGCAAUUUUUCGAUUAUCUGUUUUUUAAUUAUUAUAAUCUUAAUUAAUCAAAUUUUAAUUCAUUUUUUCUUAGGAUAUUGGGCGUUUUCCAGCUAAAAAAACCAAUUUUGUACCAUAGGAAAAAAUGACAACAUCACAAAAACAUCAAAAUUUUAUAUCCGAGCCGAUGGGUGAUAAACCUGUCACCGAUUUGGCCGGUAUUGGUGAAGUUUUGGGCAAACGACUUUCCAAUAAAGGAUAUGACAAGGCUUAUGUCGUUCUUGGACAAUAUUUGGUAUUGAAGAAAAAUGAAGAAUUAUUUGUCGAAUGGUUAAAAGAUGAAGCCAAUGCCAAUACAAAACAAGCCAGAGAUUGUUAUCAAUGUAUCACGGAAUGGUGUGAACAAUUUUUGUGAGCUAAACGAUCUUCGAUUGAAUUCGAUAUGGAUCAUUUCAUCAAAAAAAAAACAAAACAAUUCAAGAAGAACGUUUGCUUUUAUCGAUUUUUUUAUUUCUCAUUCAUUCGAUUUUCUCAUUUAAAUUCAUGAAAAUUUAUUCAAAAAAAAUUUAAUAAAUUUUACUCAUCAACUAUUAUAAAUUA